UGUGUAGUUUUUUUUCUUCUCUCAUUGGAUUGUCAGUUUCAUAGACAGAGAAAAUCAACAGUCGACAACGUAAAUUACCAGAUUGACACAUUCGACUUUAGACAAAAAGAAGCUUGACAAAAGAACAUUGUCGAAAUUUGAUUAGAUACUUAAGAUAACACAUAAACAAAUAUCCUGUCGCUUAGAAACAUCCUAGCUAUCGUUCUGUGUCUGCCCGUCUGUGUAAAACUUGUAAGUCUGUCGGGAUAUUAUUUGUGAUUGUCAAGAAAGAAUGAGAAAGCUGUUGCUCCUAAGCACUUCUGUGUUGCAAAAUGGGAAAUACCUUGGAUAUGCAUCUGAAGUCAUUAAAUCUUUUUUUGCUGAGAAUGGUGUAUCAAAAAUCGUAUUCAUACCCUAUGCAGCCCAUGACCAUGAUGCCUAUGAAAGAAAAGUGAAGGAUGCCUUCUCUGAAUUUGGUCUGGAUCUUCAUAGUAUUCACAAGUCAGACAAUCUACUCUCUACUAUUAAAGAAGCUGAAGGUUUUUUUGUUGGGGGAGGAAACACAUUCCUAUUGCUAAAAACACUGUAUGACCUGAAUCUAUUUGAAGCAAUCAGAGAUAGAGUAGUGCAGGAUGGUGUUCCUUAUAUGGGUUCCAGUGCUGGGACAAACUUGGCAACAGUUAACAUUUGUACUACCAAUGAUAUGCCAAUAGUUCACCCUACCAGCUUAGAAGCUCUGGGUUUUCUUCCUUUCAACAUCAACCCUCACUACUUGGAUCCUGAUCCAAACUCAAAACAUAUGGGAGAAACAAGAGAAACGCGUAUAUCGGAAUACCAUAGCAUUCCCAAUGUUUGCUCACCGCCUGUCUUGGGCUUGAGAGAGGGCAGCUGGUUACAGGUGAAAGACGAUCAAAUUCUUCUUAAAGGAUGUAUUCCCAAUCAGUGCGCAAGACUUUUUAUCCGUGGCCAAAUACCUAAAGAAUACGAAGUAAAUUCUGAUCUAAGUUUCUUGCUGAAAAUUUGAUAGACACGAAUGAUUUAUAUUAUGCCAUUCUAUAUUUCCAAAAGAU